GUGUCACGUCAGUUUGACAUUUUACUUGACAUUUGAAAUGAGAUGUCGAUCGUGUUCGAAAAAUUUUGUUCAAAAGUGAAUUUUAAAGUGUUUUUAUAGUGGAAGUACAUGAUAUUGUGCAGAUAAAUUGUUAAAAAUGCUGACCAAAUUCGAAACUAAGUCAGCCAGGGUGAAGGGUAUAUCGUUUCACGCAAAACGACCAUGGGUAUUGGCCAGUCUUCACAAUGGUGUAAUACAGCUUUGGGACUAUCGUAUGUGUACUUUGCUGGAGAAAUUCGACGAGCAUGAUGGACCAGUGCGUGGAAUCUGCUUCCAUAUCCAGCAACCACUAUUUGUUUCCGGCGGUGACGACUAUAAAAUUAAGGUGUGGAAUUACAAGCAGCGGAGAUGUCUCUUCACGCUGCUUGGGCAUUUGGACUACAUCCGUGCCACAUACUUCCACCAUGAGUACCCUUGGAUCCUGAGCGCCUCUGAUGAUCAGACAAUAAGAAUAUGGAACUGGCAGUCCCGGCAAUGCAUCAGCGUACUAACUGGCCAUAACCACUAUGUGAUGUGCGCGCAAUUCCACCCAACUGAGGACCUCAUAGUCUCCGCAUCACUGGACCAGUCUGUCCGCGUGUGGGACUUCUCAGGCCUGAGGAAGAAGAGUGUGGCACCGGGACCCUCAGGGUUGGCUGAGCACUUGAGGAACCCGCAGGCAACCGAUUUGUUUGGACAGGUAAAUGCUGAUGCGGUGGUGAAGCAUGUGUUGGAGGGCCACGACCGAGGAGUCAACUGGGCGUCCUUCCACCCCACACUGCCUCUUAUAGUCUCCGCUGCUGACGAUCGGCAGGUCAAGUUGUGGAGGAUGAACGAUUCCAAGGCCUGGGAAGUGGACACAUGCCGCGGCCACUACAACAACGUCUCCUGUGCCUUGUUCCACGCGCGACACGAACUCAUUCUGUCUAACAGUGAGGACAGGUCCAUCCGAGUGUGGGACAUGACCAAACGCACAUGCUUGCACACUUUUAGACGGGAAAAUGACCGGUACUGGGUACUGGCAGCUCACCCCACUCUGAACCUGUUCGCGGCAGGCCACGACGUUGGCAUGAUUCUGUUCAAGUUGCAACGAGAGAGGCCUGCAUAUGCGCUGCAUAACAACAUGCUGUUUUACAUCAAGGACAGGCAACUGCGUAAAUUAGAUAUGUCAACCAACCGAGACGCGCCGGUCAUGCAGAUUAAAGGAGGCGGCAGGCACCAGCCUUACAGUAUGUCGCUAAACCACGCGGAAUGGUGCGUGCUAGUGACGUGGCGUAUAGGCGACAGUAACACGUAUGAGCUGUACUCGGCGCCACGCGAUGGCACUGAAGCUGCGACCACUCCGCCUGAGCCCUUGCGCGGACAUGCCGCCUCCGCUGUGUGGGUUGCUAGAAACCGGUUUGCUGCACUGGAGAGAAACAACCAGCUCGUAAUAAAGAACCUAAAGAACGAAGUGUCAAAGAAGAUCGCAACGCCCACUUGCGAAGAGAUAAUGUACGCUGGAACGGGCAUGCUUUUGCUGCGCGAACCCGACUGUGUCCAACUAUUGGACGUGCAGCAGAAGCGGACCAUUGCUAGUGUAAAAGUGUCCAAAUGCCGCUACGCCAUAUGGAACUCGGACAUGUCCCUAGUAGCGUUACUAUCCAAACACUCGGUGACGAUUUGCACGAAGAAACUGGAGCAGCUGUGCUCUAUAACGGAAGGUGCGCGAGUCAAGUCGGGCGCCUUCGACGACUCCACGCCGCAACCCGUGUUCAUCUACACCACCGCCAAUCAUAUCAAGUACUGCUGUAAAGAUGGUGACUACGGUAUAAUCCGCACUUUGGACGUUCCGGUGUACGCAGUAAAAGUGAUCGCCAGCGAAACUGGGGCGAGAGUGGUCUGUCUUGACCGCGAAGCUCGGCCUAAAGUGCUCAACAUCGACCCUACCGAGUACAGGUUCAAGCUGGCGUUGGUGACUCGGCAGUACGACCAAGUGCUGCACAUGGUGAGAACAGCAAAACUUGUUGGCCAGAGCAUCAUUGCUUAUCUGCAGGAAAAGGGUUACCCCGAAGUGGCGUUACAUUUCGUGAAGGACGCCCGCACGAGAUUGUCCCUCGCUCUCCAGUGCGGCAACAUCGAAGUAGCCUUGGAAGCCGCCAAAAGCCUCGACGAACCGGACGCCUGGGACAAGCUGGCUAAAGCCGCUUUGGCUACCGGAAACCAUCAGAUCGUGGAGAUGUGUUACCAGCGAACCAAAAACUUCGACCAGCUGUCAUUCCUGUACCUUAUCACGGGCAACCUCGACAAACUGCGCAAGAUGAUGAAGAUCGCGGAGAUCAGGAAAGAUGUCUCCUCGCAGUUCCAGGGCUCCUUACUCUUAGGAGAUGUGAGCGAGAGGAUCCGACUCUUGAAGAAUGCUGGACAGCUUUCCCUGGCAUACCUAACAGCGGUCAAUCACAAGCAGCUAGAAGAGGCAGAACAGCUUAAAGCGGCACUGGAAGCAGCUAAUCUACCCAUCCCCGCGGCCAACCCUGAUGCAGUGUUCCUAAGGCCGCCUUUGCCAGUGGUCAGAGCUCAACCUAACUGGCCUUUACUGGCUGUCUCCAAGAGUUUCUUCGAAGUGGCCGGUGGAGCUCGUACAGUAGCGGACUCUAACGCAGUGGGUGCAGUGGGCGACGUGGCGGGCGACGAGCCGCUAGAGGCCGGCGGGGCUUGGGGCGACGAUGACGACGUUUUACAAGAGAACAAGGAAGACGGUGAGUGUGAGGUGAUGGAAGACGCGUGCGAUGACGGAGGCUGGGAUGUUGGUGAUGAGGAUCUUGAACUGCCUGAGGAAUUAGCACCCGUGCCUGCGGACAUAGAUGGCGCGGAAGAGUCGUCGGAAUACUUCGUAGCCCCAACUCGAGGAGUCAGUUUGGCGUUGGGCGCUAAACUCAAGACCGCUCACGACCAUGUUGCUACCGGACAGUUUGAGAUCGCUUUCAGAUUGCUCAACGAGCAAGUUGGCAUAGUGAACUUCGAGCCGUAUUUGGAGACAUUCCUGAGCAUGUACUCGAGCGCGCGCCUCAUGUUCGGCGCGCUGCCUCAAGCGCCGCCGCUCGUCGCACAUUUACACCGGAACUGGAAGGAGGCUAGCGGGAAAGAUCUACUGCCCGUUUUGACGGCAAAACUAAACGACCUAGUGACUCAACUGCAACAGUGCUACCAACUGACAACGAGUGGCAAAUUCACGGAGGCUAUCGAAAAAUUGCAGCGGGUGGUGAGAUUGGUACCCCUGCUGCAAGUGGACUCUAAACAGGAGUUGUCUGAGGCGCAACAACUGCUGGCCAUUUGCAAGGAGUACUUGCUGGGGUUGCAGAUGGAAACUGCUAGAAAAGCAAUGCCGAAGAACACCCUCGACGAACAGAAACGCACGUGCGAAAUGGCCGCCUACUUCACGCACUGCAAGCUGCAACCCGUACACCAAAUACUGACCCUCCGAACUGCUUUAAACAUGUUCUUCAAGCUCAAGAACUACAGAACCGCCGCCUCCUUCGCCAGAAGACUUCUAGAACUUGGCCCGAGACCAGAAGUUGCUCAGCAAGCUAGAAAAAUCCUUCAAGCGUGUGAAAAAACACCUACGGACGAACAUCAAUUACUAUAUGACGAGCAUAACCCCUUUAAUAUAUGUGGAAUCAGUUAUAAGCCUAUAUACAGAGGAAAACCUGAAGAGAAAUGUUCUCUAUGCAAUGCAAGUUUCCUACCAGAGCAUAAAGGAAAGCUCUGUGCAGUUUGCGGGGUUGCGGAGGUCGGCAAAGAUGUGUUGGGACUUAGGAUCUGCCCGUUGCAGUUCCAGAGAUAAUUUUGUAAUGAUUUUUAUGUAUUAUUUGAAGUGUAUUUUUAAGAAUAUUAUUAUUAUAUUAUAAAUAAACUAUUAUUGUAUCGCA